AUGCAAAUUCAAAUUUUAGGUUGCAAUGUAAACGUUAAUUUCAACUCUUAAAUAGUAUUUUCAAAAAAAAAAAACGAUAUAUGGACAAAUCGAAAUGACCAGACAAAGUUUCCGGCAUAGUCUAGCUUCCCCCUCCGAAGUCCGAGAAGUAGAUGAAAUUGUGAGAAACUUUCACAAAUCGACUCGAAAAAAAAUAACCCCCUUCGAAACAGAAAAGACAGACAUUGAUUCUUUUUCGCUUAAUACUGAUAGCUGCCAUCGAAAGUUACAACAUUCCGAUAAUCAGAAUAAGCGACAAGAUUUGCAAGACCAAUUAUAUCAAUCUAAAAAUUCGCAGCUGAAUUCAUUGUGGCGAUGGAUUCUUGUUGCUUUAUUUGUAUCGACACUUGCCAUUGUGGUUUGCAUAGUGGGUGCAUUUUGUAUCAUAGCAAAUAGCUACAGGCCUUUCGACACUUCGAAGUGGUUGCUCAAUUCAGUGUCUAGUUCCAGUUCGGGUCUGAUUAAGUAUUCGACUUUUCCUAUGACUGUUAAUCGUGAAGAUGAACAACCGCUAGAAAGUGACCACGCCACCAAAAGUGCAAUUUCCACCUCACAUCUGCACGUGUCCAAGUUAAAGCCAGACGGGAGUCUGCUGACGCAAGAAGCAGUUCAAGCUAUGCAAGCUGCCAAUCACAUCCUAAUGAGUGGAAGCAAGAGAGAGAAAGCUAAAAAGCUGCUGAAUCAUGCAGUCAAAUUGUGCCCCAGAUCGCCCGAUGUGUGGAUUCAAUUGGGAAAUUAUUGGGAGUUCUACGAACGAAAUAUAAUCGAGGCAGAGUCGAUGUACAAGAAAGCAUACAUUUGCGACCCACAUAACUCUCACGCAGUCUCUCUAAUCAAGAGAACUGACCCACAAGUGCAGGAAAUAUACUCUGCAAUCUACCAGAGAAUAGAUAGAAAACGAGACAUCAUAGCCCAAGUUCCACAUAGGUACCCCAUCACUAAAUCGAACUGUCACUUAAUUAUCUGAUCAGAAAACCGAAUUGUAUAACAAUCAAGUAU